CCUGACGAGGGAACACGUACACGCCGGCCUCCUCGAGCCCUCAGCACUCUGUCCGCCCCUCUCGCUCGCCACCCACACGCCCCUGACACACCAAACGCCCGUACGCCCGUGGUGUGUUGGAGGGUAAGGUGACGAUGUAAUGUCAGAAAUGGUUACUGAGAUGAUACUGGCAAAACUGAUAUGCUUUGGACACUGAAAACCAACACAUAGCUAUACUGAUGUUUAUCCCAAAAUAAGAGGGGGAGACUCUAACGCCAAAUAAAAACCCCAAAGUGUGAAAACAAAAUACAAAAAAAAAAAAAAAAAAAUUGUUUGCGCUACAUCCACCCAUCAUCUAUCGCAGGAAAGAGUAGAUAUUCCACCCAAAAAAAGAGAGAGUUUAAUAACAUAAAAGAGCCCAGAAUAUAACCUCACAACUAUCCUAAGGAACACACGUAAAAGGACCGACCGUAAGGACCCCCAACAGGAGGCGGCGACGUCUGUAGGAGCGAUGUGAGCAGAACACCGUCAUCACCAUGGCAACCGCACUCUUCACCCUCCCCGCCCUGCCCCACCCCCACGCCCACCCCCACGCCCACCCCCACGCCCACCACCACCACCACCACGACGACGAUCACGCCCACCCCCACCCCCUCCACCACCACGACGACCCGACGGCUCCCGAAGUGCCUCACGCCCUCCCAGUCCCCGCCGUGGUCGAGGAGGACGCCCCCGCCCACCACGAGAGCCACACGCCCCUCCACACUGGCAGCCAUGGCGCCCACACCGCCCCCGAGGCCGCCCACGAUGAGGACACGACCAGCCUUGGCACGGGCGUGGAUCUGGGCACGCUCACCGGCCGCAGGAUCACGCUCAAGCCCCGGAGGACGUUGUCGCUCUCGCCCACGCCAGCUCGCACGGGUGACAUGUCCAUGGGGCGCAACCUCAGAGCCGCCCGCUGCCUCGACUUCACGGACAAGGACGACGACGACGGCCUCUACCAGCCCUCGGACUCGGAGUCGGAGCCGCCCGCCAAGAAGAAGGGAGACGACGAGGAGGAGCCGACGGCCAGCAGCGGCGCGAGCGUGAAGGCGCGGCUGAUCAAGCGCGGCCGCAUCACCGCCACGGCCGGGGGCGUGCCGCAGAGGGCGUCGGUGUCGGUCAAGAGGCCCCUGGACCUCGUGCUGCCGUGCCAGGAGAUCCAGUACCUCGACAUCUCCUACCAGAAAGUCGGGACGGUCACGCAUAUCCUCCCGCAGGUGCAGUUCAGUCCCAUCCCCCGCAAGAAGAUCGCCUACCACCCCGUCCUGCACAACUCCAUCCACUACUGCGACGUCCCCUACUGCGGCACGGGCGAGAGGCCGGUCAAGCGGAAGCCCCUCCAGAGGUCCCACUCCAUUGCCGUCGCCGACCUGAGGGAGAGAGUGGACUGCGAGUGGACCUCUUCGUAUAAGCUCAGGUGAAGGAGAAGGUGACGAAGUGGAGGCCAAGAGAGGAAACGGAGGAGGAGGAGGAGCAAGAAGAAGAAGAAGGAGAAGAGGAGGAGGAGAAGGAAGAAGAGGAGGAGGAGGAGGAAGACGACACCGGGGCACCAGGAGGAGGACGAGUCGCUCCCCCCCCUGAAUGCCCAUCCGUUCUGCCGUGAUGGAGGGAGCUUCGGGUCAGCGGGUCGGGACGAACAGAAGGAGAAGGAGGAAGAAGAGGACGAUGAUGAUGAUGAGGAAGAGGAAGAGGAGAUGGAGGAGCUCGAGCAUGGAGUUCCAGACCAGCUUCUACUCACGGGACAGUGGAGGCUGCGUGAUCUGGAACCGCUGUGGGACAAAAAGCAACGUUGCAUGGACCAAACGUUUCCACGCGUGUGGGAGGGCAUGCGUUGUGGAUGAUAAUACAAAAAAAACGUUUAAUUCUUUUUAGUUGACUAUGAUUGUGUGAGAAAGCUUUGAAAACUGUCGAGUUGACCCUUUCCCAUGAGGAGCUGACCCAGAGGUAAUCCGGACACUGAAAAGACUAGUGAUUAAACUGCAUUCGGACAGUUAACAUUGGAUGUAUCAUGUGUUUGGUGCUUAAAAUAUAAAAGAAUAUUAGUGAGAAAUAUAAACAAGCAGUUAUUACGAUUGAAAGAAGGAAAAAAAAUAUAUGAAAAAAAUUAAAACAAAAAAGUGUGCUUUUAUUGGGACGCAGUUAACCUGAAGUGUGAAAAAAAUAGAAAAUGAUUUUUUUUUAUUCUUAGUGGCUACACUUCAGCUACCAUUGCAUCAGCAGCGUGAUUUUAUAUAGACAUUUGCACGCUUUUUUUAAUAGCUUCACAAAUAUCCAAGGACCAAGUGAGGUAGAGAGAAACCCAAGAAUAUUGGCGUAGUUUUUUAUAUGUAUAACAAAUCGAGUGAUUUCACAGUGCUAUAAGUAGGUUUUAUAUUGAAUGAAUGUCUAUAUGUUUAUGCGUUGUGUGUAAACAAUAUUGUGUGCUGCAAAGUUGUAUAAUUUUUGAAUAAUCAUCUAUUCAAGUUAUUCACGUUUUCCUCUUCUGUUGUUUUUUUUUUUGUUUGUUUGUUUUAUCACUCGUUUUCCACUUCCUGUUCUUUCUUUUUUGUUAGUUUCCCACCUUUUUUUUUAGUUAUGUCCUUCCUUUAUUAUUUUCCUACUCUUCUGUUUUAUUUUUUUUCCUGUGCAUGAUGGUGGCAUACAGUAACUAUAGUUUGAUGGUUGUUUGUGCAGACUGUAGUGAGACUUUGAGUGCUUAUAAGAGAAUGCUAAAAAGAAUAAUAAGUGUAUUUGUUGUUUAUGCACUUUUAUCAACAUUGCAUUAUCCGUAAUAUUAUUUUUUUGUGGAAGUAACUGACAAGUCUUUUUUUCCGUUUAUUAUAUAGUAUUUAUAUACCAUUUGUAAAAAAUAAAGCUAUGCGUGGUUCUCAUUGAAAGAAAAAAAAACACAAAAAAGUGUAAACUUGACUAAUCACACGUAGACAGUUUUUUAUAUUAUUUUUGGUUUUUGAAUAGACUGGAGACAUUGGAAUCGACGAAAAAAAACGUAGACCGUUCUAAGAAUAUGUAUAUAGAAAGAAUGACAGACUCCAGCACUGACCGAAAGAAAGAAGAAGAAGAAGGAGGAGGAGGAGGAGGAGGAGGAGGAGGAGGAGCAGGAAGAAGAUGAAAGGAAAAGAGAAUAGAAGACAAUAGUGCUUUAGUAAUGACAACGGGACGAAGGACAGUACAGGAAGGUUCUUGUAGGAGGCAUUCUUAAAGAGCAUAAUCGAGACAGCAAAGAAGACGAAAGAGAGAGAAAGAGAGAGACAGAGAGAGAAAAGAGAGGCAUAGCUUGGAGAAUGUCUGGUAUGUGUCGUAAAGAAAGGGACGUUGACGAUCUUCUUCUGUUUCUUCGCCCCACUUCGAUGCAGCACUUUCUUGGCCCCAGGUCAUCGGCGUGGGAAAGGAAGGGAAAGGGAUUUUUUUUUAAUGGAAUGGGGUAAAGGGGGGAGGGGGAGGGGGGGGGAAUGGACGGGAGUAAGUUUGUGAAGAAGAUGGAUAUUUUGGCUUCGGAUUCGCGAGCUUUGGGAAUGGAGAAGCAUUGAUGAGGAUAAAGAUAAAAUGUCUUGGAUAUUCGAGUGAGAGUUGAUGGAGACGCUGAUGGCCUAGCGUCACUGAAGUGUUUGUUAUAUUUUAUUUUAUUCUGACGAGAAAUGGACGCGAUGUGGAGUGGAGCCUAUAUUUUUUCCUGCUUUAUAUGCUCUCGGCACGGUGGAACCUGGGAAAUCCUUUAUCAAAAGGCUAAUAUAGACGAGUGAUUUAUUCCUAACGAACACAACAACGCGGUCUCAAAGAGAGUGACAUUGCAAACUUUCCAUAGAGAUCAAAAAGAAAAGGGAGCGUGGGAAAGAUAAACCAGUAUAUAUAACACUUAUUGUCACCUUCACCCCCUCCUCUCUCUCCCCCCCACCCCCCCUUGCAACACCUAGCAACCGAAGAGGAAUUCUAGGGAUCCACCACGUAUUUUCAUCACAGUACAUAAAUGUUCCACACCAAAGUUCACACAUUUUUAUAUAAUAUAGUUUAUGUAUAUUUUCUUUGAACCAGUGAUUUUUUUUUUCUCUUCUCCCAUUUUUUAUAGACAUGUACACCUCAGGAAUUUAUAAGUAAGUGACCAGCAUUGCCCUUCAGUGUACCAUUGUUUUCAAACUUGCAUCAUUUCAAAUUGGUUGCCACCCAAGCAGGUUGGCAGCCCGGCCGUAGGGGAAGGGGGGCGAUCACCCCUCCCCCCCUCCGCCACAAGUCAGUGAUCUAGUUUUAUAAUUAAAUGUAUAUGAAACCA